CAGUGAAUUAAAUACGUGAAGUUUUUUAAGUAAUUUAAUAGCUAAUUUUAACAAUUUCAUAUAGUUGAAUCUAUAACAAUCCAUCCUGUUUUAUCCAUUGAUGUGUUUUAUAGGUAAAAUCUUAAAUUUGCAAAGUCAGUAAUAUCAAAUAAAUGUAGUGGAGUACAGUUUCCUUCACUGAUUUAUAACAUUGCUAACAAUCACUUCAAAUAAUCAGAAAUAUCACAAAGAUAGAUACCAUCAUAUAACUGGUAUUGAAAAAUGACAGUUGACAUAUUUCUACUAUGUAUAUAUCGAGACACAUCAUCCUGUAAUUAUCACACCUACAUACUGCAUUUUAGAGAGAAUCUAAAAAAACCCAAAACAAAUGAAAACAGUGAAAUGGGAUUGGAAUGGGAUGUUCUGUAAAUAUAGAGUGUUUAUUUGCAGUACUAUACUGUGCACUUGCAAUAUCUCAGGCAAAGUGGGUUUGGCUGGGUAGUGUCAUUUGUCUUCACAUAAGAUUUACAUUAAAUAAAAAGGCAGCUAUUAAAAGCAUUUGUAGCAAGAUGAUAAACGGUGCAGUGGUGGUUUUGUUAUAAGCAGAUGAUCAAAAGUGUCACACGCCUCAGUGGUUUGUGAAUAUUCAAGAAUGUCAGCUCGUGUGUGGUGUUUUUUUUUUAACUUUACACAGUAGAUGCAAUAAACGAUAAUUGGUGUACAUCUAAUUUACCAUAUAAAUGACAAAACCUCAGACCACUUAUUUUAUUAAUGAAUUAUUGAUAUAACUUCUUUUUGGGUUUAUCUUAAAUCACAUAUGGAGAGCACUAAAACUGCUUAAAUACAUACUCAAUCCAAUACAACUAUACUGCUAGUACUCUAAAUUUAUCAAAUCAACUUUUCCCACUGAGAGAACAGUAAUCGUUCACUUAUGUCUUGUUCAUUAGGCCAAAUCAUUUUUGGUGUUUGUCUUAAUUUGUUCAGGUACAGUCACAGGAGAAAAUAAACUGCAGAACAAAUAUGCUGUACUAUAACAGUAGAUUUACUCAGAUCUUCUGUUGGUUUACUUAUGACAAACUGUGGCUGUAUUUGCACAUUGUUAAAUGGCCACUGAGGGCUCAAGGACUCUGUAAUUUCCUUUGGCGCAGCCAACUAUCAGACCAGUUCUACAUGACUUGUAACAUUAGUCACUGACCCUGUGGCGUGUGAGUGACCUGGGAGUUUAUGUUCUGCACUCUCAGCCCAAAGGAGGUUUAGAGUCACUCCUGUGUAGAGACCUUUGUGGCUGUGGCAUGCGGCAGGGUGGUGCAAGACAGAACUGAUUUUUCCUCCCGGUGAAAACGUGUCUCAGUACACAGGCUGUUCACCUUUUCAUUAUACAUCGUUCCACGUCAACAGUGCUCUCUAUUGGAGCUGUAAACUUCCCAUUCCCUCUCAGAGAAUUUCGCAGGCAGUGUCCAUCCAUUCGCUGUGUUUAGACUGAAGUCAUUUGGGUUGGCUCCUGUGCUCAAAACCCAGUCUGGGACAGAGGUCACAACAGGAUGUGAGAACUGGACCUCCAGACGUGGUCAUGUAUCAGGCUUUUCACUUCCUCCACAGUGCUGCUUGUUUCGUGUCAAACACAUGUAGUGAGCGAAAAGGUUAGUCUGUUGCUUGUGGCUCUGCUGAUUAACAGCAACAGUUUCUCUAAUGUGUUGACCCUGAGGCUAGACUUGCAAUUGUUUAAAAGUGAUCCAUAAGAAAUCACAGACACACUCAGGAUACUGUCCGUAGCACCUGACAGAUCCAAUAAAUAAAUGUUUUUACAAACCCAGACGUCUGAUUCAGGAUUUAAUAAGACCGACUCAACACCCUCUGUGUGCUUGUGGGCACACAUCAAAAUGACACUGCCAAUUUCCUCAGGGUGGAGACUGUCUCAUUUACUCUUGCCGUGUUAUUGACCCUUUCACUGGCAGAUGAGGAAAGACAGGAUUAUGCUAAAAUCUGAAAAUAAGUCAGGGAUUUGAGCCAAGCUGCUGUUAUUUUAAAAGUGAACUCAAAUAAAUCUUUCAGGAAUGUGCAAGACAUUCCCAAAUAGGCAUCAUUAAUUCCACUCAUAUCUUCAUUUGAUUACCCACUAUCUGCCCUCUACAGACUAAGAGAAGUAUUAAAUGACCUGCGGGCUUAGAGCACUACAAUUUAUGGCUUCAUGACAAGCAGGCUUUCCCCUUCAAUUUCAGCACUGUGCAGUUAUACCUCUCAGUGUUUGGACAUGUGUCCCCCUCAGUCUCAGUCAGUGUUUUAGAAGUAUAAAGGCAUAUUAUGAGGAAGCAGCAAGCCAUAAGCCACCACCAGAUGGUCUUCUGUACCAGUAGCCCAUGUCACUGAGGGCCUCUGUUGAAAGGCUCUCCUCCCAGUGUUGACAUGGAGGAGCAGCUCCCAGUUUGGACCACAGGCUGCUUUGUUAUCAGUGGGAGGAUGAAACAUUGCCUGCAACGGGGAAUACAAAUAACUGGAAGGCUCUUUAAGAAAGCGACUGGAGACUUGCAAGAUUGGCAGAACCUAUUAAGAAGCAGUCUGUAAGCAUAUCCAGGCACAGCUACAUCCAAGAAUGAGGAUCAAAUACACAAUAUCCAUCGUCUUUUUUGUGACACUUGUUAUCAUUGAGAAGGAAAACAACAUUAUCUCACGGGUGUCUGAUAAGCUCACCUUAAAGCAGACCCCUCAGACCCCUCUUCAGCCCAGUGGUUUCUCCCACAUACUGCUGAAGCACAAUGGUUCUUUAACCCCACUCAGCAAGAUGGACUCUGCCUUCACAUUAAUGAAGCGGCGCCUGGAGAACUACAGCAAGCACCAGGAGGUGGUGACGAGGGGCAGGAAACACAUCCUCCUGUUAGCCACCACCAGGACAGGCUCCUCGUUUGUGGGCGAGUUUUUCAACCAGCAGGGUGACAACAUGUUUUACCUGUUUGAGCCGCUGUGGCAUGUGGAGAAGAUGUUGACGCUGGAGACCGGCGGCACCAAUGCCACAGUGGCAGCCAAGGCGUACCGCGAUGUGCUCCAGCAGCUCUUCCUGUGUGACUUCUCCCUGCUGGAGAGCUUCAUUGAACCCCUCCCUGUGGACCACAUCACCCCUGCCCUCUUCCGCAGAGAGUCCAGCAGCUCUCUGUGUGAGGAGUCGGUCUGCAGCCCCUUCAUCAAAGGGGUCUUUGAGCGUUAUCACUGCAGGACCAGACGCUGUGGGCCCCUGAACCUGACCAUGGCGUCUGAGUCCUGCCUCCAAAAGGGGCACAGGGCCAUCAAGUCAGUGAGGGUGCGCCAGCUGGAGAACCUCCGUCCUCUGGCUGAGGACCCACGCCUUGACAUGAAGUUUAUUCAACUGGUUCGGGAUCCUCGGGCUGUACUAGCCUCGCGCAUGGUGGCCUUUGAAGCAAAAUACAAGAACUGGAAGCAGUGGGCUAUGAAUGUGGAUGUGCCCAUUGAUGAUGAUGAGGUGAGGAAGCUGAAAGGGAACUGCGACAACAUCAGGAUGUCCGCUGAGAUCGGCCUCAGACAACCACCGUGGCUGCGCAGACGUUACAUGCUGGUGCGGUAUGAGGACAUUGCUCGGUUCCCCAUGAGGAAGGCAACAGAGAUGUACAGGUUUACUGGAAUCCCGUUCACUCCACAAGUGAAAUCCUGGAUCCUGAAGAACACCCAGGCCUCUAAGGAGACCAGCGGUGUUUACUCAACACAGAAAAAAUCCUCAGAACAAGUGGAAAAAUGGAGGUUCCGUUUACCAUUCAAAUUGGCUCAGGUUGUACAAAAAGUUUGUGGGCCAACGCUGAAGCUUUUUGGGUAUAAAUUUGUAAGCAGUGAAGAAAUGCUAACAGAUAAGUCUAUUAGUUUGAUUGAGGAGAAAGUGUUCAACUUUUUAUAGACUUUGACGGACAUGAACUCUGAACCCUGAUGCAGGAAAAAACAACCUUUUGGAAAACUCUGGAAUGACUGAUAUUUAUUAGGGUAUUUUAUCCUGAUACAGAGAUAUAUAUUUUCUGACAGUGUGCUAUUUAAAGUUUUUUAAUAUUUAAAAUAGUUUGAUGAAGAAAAUGUAUUGUUGAGCGGAAAAUAUAUAUAAAGCUUUUGAGGUUUGAAGCAAGGGUGUUUGAAACAAUAUUGAAACUUUGUUGGGUAUAGCAUAGUGAAAAUAGAAAGCUUUGUUUUUGCACUUUGGACUGUUUUCUGUCCACAGCAAACUGUAUCGUUGGCCUGUCCAAAUUUAUUUCCUUAGCAAAUAUAGGAAAGUCCUAACGGAGAUAGCUGAGGGUUUGCGAAUAAUAAUGAGCUGUUUCAAACACUUCCAGGAACCUCCAUUAGUUAUUUUUGUCCAGCAACUUCUGAGUUAGCAGCAUAAGCUGCUUUUACAUCAAGGAAACUUGAAAUGAAAUGUUUAUGCAUAGCCAAAAAAAAAAUUGCUUUGUAUAGCAAUGCUCAUGGCAGGAAGAGGAAAUACCAAUGUUUUGCCAGGUAAUUUCUACGCAUGAGAUUUAGAAGUAAUGUCCCAUGCUACUUUAUUUAUUUAUUCUCUUUGCUAAAAGUCAUAAUGACUCCAGCUCGGAAUGUGCUCCACAGGUUCUUUUCCCCUCUGCAGGGGUACUUUUCUUGCACAUGUAUAAAGUAGUUUGCUGUACAUGCAUGUUUGUAAUUGGAAAAAAGUAGUUUUAAGUUGUCCUCAGGACUGUAAGAACCCAUUCUGUAAAAAACAAUGUUUACACUGCCACUGUAUGCAAACAUUCCAACUGCAGCUGGUUUGCAGGAUUGUGUGAGGUUUGUCGGCAGGUCUCUGUCUGUUGACACAAGUCUCUUGACUGAUGAUAAAAAGAGGCCCUGAUACUCUGGUUUGCCAGACUGUUUGCUGAUGUUCCAGUCUGUUCCUUUUGCAUUUUGUUUGUUACAAUAAACCUUCUUUUACAUUAA